AUGCAAAUAAUCUACAUUGUUCUGCUAUCGGGGGUAUAUUUCUCAUUGAUUUCUGCAGAAAACACAACCAAAUGUGACGCUGACCAAAAACGCUUCGAACAAAUCAUUCAAAACGGAAAGGCAGUGGACGUAUUUUAUUUCGUGAAUGAUACGAAGGAGACAAUUCAGUUGACAUGGGCUGGAGAAAACAGCGGGGUAUGUGAAAUUCAUCUGAUUCGAUUUAUUUAUCAGGUUUUGAUUUUGGUAACGAUGACAGAAGGAGAAACAGGACCGGGUCUAACAUCAGACAUCUACCGCAGGUCCAUAUAUCGAGAUGAUCCUGAAGAAACAUUCUAUGUUCUCCAUAAACCUAACCAGUCAAAAAAUGACAGCAUGAACCAAAUUUUAUCCAAGACCACAGACUUUGGAACCACCUGGAUCCAUAUUAUGGACAAAGUCGUUCGUGUAUGGGCCCCCAGAGGUGUCCGGACCCAAACGUUACCUAAAGGGAACUCGCCUGAGCACCAUAAUCCAAGCUCAUCAUUCAGAAACACGGAUCCGGAAGAACUGAGCACUAAUUCCGGUGUGUUCCUGUAUGUGGCACAUUACAACGGCACAGAAAAUCAAACUACGCAACUGAGUGUUUCGAAGGAUGGAGGAAAGUCUUUUAAGCCGGUCUACCUACCAAUGGUUCAAUCCGAACGUUUCUUCUCUGUGCUUGAAGUGGAAGAUGACCUAGCAUUCCUCCAUGUGGAUGCCCCCAACGAUACGGGAUAUGGAACAUUGUUCACGUCGGACAGCAGUGGCCAGAUAUUUACUGAAUCACUCCGUCAACAUCUUUAUCCAAAUCAUGCUCCCAUCACCGACUUCUACCGCGUCGCCUCAAUGCGUGGCACCUACUUAGCGACCAGACUCAACCCGGACCGGACGUUACAUACUGUUAUCACACAUGACCGUGGGGCGAGUUGGAGAGCCCUCGGUGCCCCUCUAAAUGUAGAUGGCGCGUGCAAUAGUGACGCAUCUGGCAAAGUGGAUGAAAAACAAUCAACUCCGAUUUCGACCGCAACAUUUUCGAAACAAGUAUUUAGUGACACGAACCGGGACAACAACAGUAGUUCAACUGCUGACAGUUUCCGCUCCAAUCCAAAAGACGCCUUAGAUGCAGAGUCCGUGGGAAAUGACUCCCUUGCAAUGGACCCCUCAGCAAUCAAGGUAUGCGGCCUGCAAAUCAGUAAUCAAUUUAGCAUUCGCAACCGUGUGACGGCCUCAGCCCCACUGUCCAUUGCCGCCGCGCCUGGAUUGAUUUUAGCCCAUGGACAUGUGGCGACACAUCUGAAGAACACGCCAGCCGACGUGUUUGUCAGCUCGGACGGCGGCUACACUUGGAUCAAAGCUCUAGAUGGUCCCCACCAUUACCAAAUCGCAAAUCGUGGAGGGCUUUUGGUUGCUGUUCCAGCCGAUACUCUGUGGCCUGAUGUACUGCGAUUUAGUACUGAUGAAGGACGGUGUUGGCACACAAUCCCUUUGAGAGCAGGAGCUUGGAUUGUUGACCAUACCGGAGGGACCAGCACCACCGCAAAUGUUAGUGUGUAUACAACCCCUGGAAACACUACACCAACGUUGCUCACUACUAGAGGGCGAAAUGCAACCGUGCCUCCAGGAUACCAACCAGAAAAUCAUACUUCAGGGGAUACCACUACAACCACACCGUCGACAAACUACGAGGCAUGGAUUCGAGGACGUGCAGACGAGACAGUGGUGUUCACCGGGUUAGUCACUGAACCCGGUGGACGAGCGAUGGCUGCAGCUGUCUACGGUUACGGUACUGUGAGUCAGCGCUGGCGUGUUGCUGUGGUCGACUUUACCACAAAUGGAAUGGUUACCACCCCAUGUACUAGCGACGAUUAUGAAAUUUGGACUCCGCAUUCCGGCACUGAAGGAGCUCAGGAUGGCUGUUUACUUGGAGUCAAACAAUACUACAAGAGGCUGCGCAAAGGUUCAUUGUGUAUCAACGAAUAUGGCAUGCAACCACUGGUUCACACAGAGCGGUGUGAAUGCACCCGAGCCGAUUACGAG